CAGCUGAACUUCUGAACCGCUUGCAGAGUGACCUUCACCGCGCAAGCACCUUGGGCAGCGCCAGUUGCGAGAGAGAACAAAGGGGAGGAAAGAGAACAAGAGAUUGAGGGUGGCGGUGUAUUAAGCAGCACUUUGAGGCAGGAGGGAAAAGUGCAACCCCACCCUCUUUUAAGCACGCACCCCCCCUUACACACACGCCAUCUCCUUUAUGAUACGCACGCAGGUUGACACACACUGCCUCUCCAAAACCGCGAAGCGAGAGGAGCCGGUGUGCCCUGGAGACCGGCCACGUCUUGACUCUUCUGGGCCGUGCGCCCGGGGUACUUUUACGCAUGGCGCUCUCUCCAAAGCGCACGGUCACCUCCGGCUGGCCAUCCCGCCGCUGCUUGGCUGGGUGGGAUCCUUUCCUUUUCUCUCGGUUCGCUCUCUCGUGGCUGGGCUUCCAGCCGCUCUCCAUGCUCCCCACCCCCUUUCUCGCUUUCUCUCCACCCCCUUUCCCUCUUCCCUCCCCUUGGUGAAGUCUGAAGUUUCCCGUGUGCGCAAAGGCGAAGCGCUCCCCGGCUCCGUGCGGUUCCUUUUUCUCUCGCUCGCUCAGAUAUACAUCACUAGUCUUUCUUUAUUCUCUUCUGUCUCUUUUGCUAACCCCCCCCCGCACCUUCUGCAAAGGAUUUGGUGGAACUGGCUGUGUCCCCCACCCUCUCCCCUCCCGACUCCUGGUGCAAAGAGGACAGAAGCCAAUUUGGAAGAAGAGCCGCUUGCUCUCGUUCUCCAUCCUUCCUGGGGGAACCACAGGAGGAGGAGUGGGGGGGCGAAAAAGCUGUUUGAGGGGGGGAGAGAGAGCUCGGGCAUGCUUCGGGCACCGAGGAUGCCUGGCUUCGUCGCCUGACCCCGUCUCAGGACACUCCCCCCUCUUCCUCCGGAGCUACUCGUGGGAUUGACAUAGCUGGAGACCUCCUAUCCCCAGGAGAGGAGGUGGGGGAGAGGGGGGAAAAAUCCCUGCUGCUCUCCGCUUGGAUUCCUUGGAAGUAGAUUUUGCUGCCUGGUCGCAUGUGAACGGCAAGAGACGGCUAUGCAUGUGGGAAGACAGAGGUCCGUGAAACUAAGGUGCCGGCUGCUAUCAUGACUGAUGGCGAGAGAAGAGAACCCUUCCAGCCGCUGACGAGCGACGAGGUGCAGGUACCUAUAGCCUCCGGCACAGCCACCAGCCAGGGGCCCCAGCCUGGGGAGGAAAAAGACGAGGAUGCACUCAGCGCUUGUAAAUCCAUCCAGGACAGUCUGGCCUCAGCAGGAUCAUCCACCCGGGAUCCAGCCCACGAGGGGGAGAACCAGGUCCCUUACCCUGCACUGGCCUCCACCGUCUUCUUCUGCCUCCACCAGACGACCCGCCCGCGCAGCUGGUGUCUCAAACUGUUCCAUCAAAUCAUUCCAGUCCAGAAAUUCCAUCGAAGCAUUGAUAACUUUAUCUCUGAUAUCUUCAUCAAUUUCUCCAGGGACAACGCCGAAUUCCAAACAGUAAUCUUUAUCUCCAGGAUCCACAAACUCCAAAUAUUUUUCCAGUUCCACACUUGAUAUAUCUGUUCCAAUCUCCAGGACUUGCAUCCCCCCUUUAAUUUUUGCCAUAAAGUCCAAAUCUUUUUCCAAUUCCACAUUUGAUAUAUCUGAUCCAAUCUCCAGAAUUUGCUCCUUCCCUUUAA